AAAACAUGAAAAUAUCACAUUUUCCACUUAUAAUUUAGGGCGUGUGAUCCAAACAAUCCGAUCAUCGUAUCCUAUGACAAGGUUCUGCAAGCCCAAAAAGCCAUUGCGGGGGCCAUUAAAGAAAUGCCCUGUCAGCGUUCCCAGAUGUCUGACCUGUUCAACAUGGAUAUCUAUUUCAAGAAAGAAUACACUCAGUAUACCGGAAGUUUCAAGGAAAGAGGAGCAAUGUUUUGCCUGUUGAACCUGCCACCGGAACAGAAAAAGAAAGGUGUGAUAGCAGCAAGUGCCGGGAACCAUGCUUUGGCACUGUCAUAUCAUGGUAAACUCCUUGGAAUACCAGUGAACGUCGUCAUGCCAACGAUAGCCCCGCUGAUGAAAAUCACGGCAUGUAGAAAAUAUGGGGCUACUAUAAAAAUAGAAGGGAACAACAUUGUCGAGUCAAGGACCGUUGCUCUGAAAAUGGCUAAAGAAAUGGGGUUAGCAUAUAUAAAUGGAUAUGACCACGAGGAUAUAAUAGCUGGACAAGGCACGAUUGGACUCGAAAUAUUAAAGGAUGUACCCGACCUUGACGCAUGUAUUAUACCAAUAGGUGGAGGAGGCAUGAUAGCUGGAACAGCUCUUGCUAUCAAAACAGAGCGUCCAGACGUCAGGAUCAUUGGUGUUCAGGCGGAAAACUGCCCUAGUUUCAAGGCUGCGAUGGACGUCGGGCGGCCCAUCUAUACCGAGACUAAAUCUACGCUGGCAAACGGGCUUGCAGUUCCAACUGUCGGAGUCAACGCGUUCCGAACAGUCAUGGCAAAGAACCUGAUUGAUCGUUACGAUGUAUUCCUUGUCAAGGAAGAGUUUAUUGAGCUGGCGAUUUUGAGGUGUAUUGAGCUAGAAAAAGCGGUGAUUGAGGGCGGAGGCGCUACAGGAUUGGCAGCAAUUAUACAAGGGCUUAUUCCGGGACUGGAGGGCAAAAAGGUUGUGAUCAUUCUCAGUGGCGGGAAUAUUGACACCACGGUACUUGGUCGCGUGAUUGAAAGAGCACUGGCUGAAGAUAACAGAUUAGUCAAAUUCCAAGUGUCGCUCAGUGACAGACCUGGCAGUAUCGCAGAGCUGACAAAACUUAUGGGAGAUCUUGGUGUCAGUAUCAAGGAUAUUUUCCAUGAAAGACCGUGGGAGAAGCAUGACGUGUUCUCUGCAAUGGUGAAAGUAGUUUGUGAAACACGCGGUGCUGAUCACAGCAAAGAAUUGCACGACGCUAUCAAGAAAAAAUACCCGAAUGUCCAUCUGAUUUGGGGUCAUCGUUAUGAUUAAUUGGUGCUUAUUUCGGAUUGAGUAACAUUUCGGAUAGUUUAGGACACAAUUUCUAUAUUUGUUACUAAUAAGUAUAGGAAUUUGACAUAACCACAUUGUGUAUAUAAUCAGUUUCUUAUAUCUGUAUUUAUGGUUUGAAAUUAGAUUUUGAUAAUUUACAUUAACAGUAAUAUAAGUUUGCAAUAUUCUUUUCUUUUGCGGUAUGAGCUGCUGAAAAAAUUUAGAACUGUGUGAUACUUUAUCAACUAAUUGCCUCAUUCUACAUAUUGUUAGACCUUUUUAUAACGCGGUGGAUAUCUCGAGCAUGCGCCUUCUUUGUAAAAGCAAAAUGUGUUGUUGUUUUAUACUGAAAGAAUCAGAUUCAACCAGUAUUUUACUAUUCGAUAUAAUUCUCAGGAUGUAUGACCUGUGAAGAAUCUAUAAGUGGCUAUAAAUUGUUAUAUGUUCGUUUGAUGCGCAAAAAUGGAUUCCGCCAGCAAUCAUCCCGACACGUACUGUGAAACUAUCUAAGUACACAAUAAGGAGUCAUUCAUAUUCAUAUGAUUAAAGACUGAUCUUUGCGCCUUUCUUCCUUAUUUCUGGUAAGACAAAAGAAUUUGACCUGUCAAUAAACUGUUCGCUACUUUCGAUUUUUGUUGUUGUACCGAAAUACAUGUUUUUAUUUGUGUUUUCUAAUAAUUAGAAACUAUAAUCAGUUUAAUGAGAUCACAACCAAGUAACCGACUACUAGGUACUUUGGGUCAUGUUUUUUCCCAAAUAUUUAUAUGUUUCUUUCGGGAUGAAAAUGAGCGUAGUUAUCUUGUGCUUAUUUAGUAAACAACUGGUUGUAUACUUGCCAGAUAUAUUUAUUUUUAAAAAAGAUACUUAAUGUUGACAUUGAAUGAUAAAUUAUGUUGGAUGAAAAUAUAAGUAUUGUCACGGAUUUGUUUUAUAAAUCCGUGGUAUUUUUCUAAUGUAAAUGUAAAUUUUGAAGGAGGACAAAGUCAAGGGUCAUAUGUAUGUAGUUAAAUGUUGAUUUUAUUUUUUCGGCGACAUGGGUUCAAAAAUGUAAUGUUUUUAAACUGUAUGUUCAUCACAUCCGGUGAAUUCUUAAUUAUUGUAUGCAAAAUAUUUACUAACAUUUGUAUGAUACAGCGGUUUUCUGUGCGUUUUCCGUGUACAGCCUCCUAGGGUGUAUAGUAAAGAAAAGUAUCUAUGCCACUGAUGUAAGCGACACGUUUAACAGAUAAUUUCAGUAAAUAUUCGUCUUUUUAAAAAUAUUUUAAGGACUGUUAAUGCUUUAUAACAACAAAUGAACAUGCCAGUGUGAAAAUAUUCGUGACAUUGAGACAACGUUGCUCUCUAACGAUAAUCCAAAUGAUUUCAACAUUAAAUUUGUAUAGUACUUUACACUCAUUCUCAUUAAAAUACGUUAUAAUCAAGCGUUUCUUUGAGAAUUAAUUAUCUUUUACAAUUUAAUGUGAAUGUGAAUUUUAAGAAUGAAGUAUGUUUAAACUUGUAAAUGUCGGUGAUAAGUGUUGAACUCGCCUCAAAAAUCACGGUACUAUUUUUUUCGCAGUAAGCCUUGAUAGACCGUCAGUUUUAAAGAAAGGCACAAUUUUACUUGACCCGUAAUAUGGAACACAGAUUCUCAUACAUUAUUUGUAUGUUCUUUUAUUCAAAUAAGACAUAUUCAAUAAGAAUUUUAGAUUUCAAUAAAUUUCUGCAAUAAAAAAAUAUCAUAAUGAAAGAUGUGCAUAGUAUAUGUUUAAGUAAAAACUGAAAAAUGGCUCAAUACCUCUGAUAAUAAAAGAACGUGUAUAUCCAAUUCUAUGAAAUUUUGAAAAUUGACUUCUUUCGGUACAUUUCAAGAGUUUUUCUAAAAUGUGUAUGAACAAUCUAAACUGAGAAUUGUUUAAACAUUAUGACCUUUACAUUUUAAUGGCCAUUUUCAUUACCCUCGCCACAAUAUUUUCUCACAUUUUCAUUCCUUUCAAUUGUCUUCUUCGAUACACUGUCUGAUUUCAGUGUUUUUAGAAAGACAUACAAACAUUGUGUCACUCACUCUAUCACUCACUCACCAACUCACUCACUCACUCACCAUCUCACUCACUCACUCACUUACUUAUUUACUUACCUACUUACAUACAAUUUUCAAAGAUGCCACAUAAAUAUUAAAAAUACCAUAUAAAACCAGUACAUCGUACAUGUAAAUUUGUAACAUUUCAUACAUUUUCUGUACUUUGCAAAAUACCUGUUUCAUAAUAUGUGCAGAGUAUACUGUUAUAGAACCUUUUCAAUCUUAGAAUUAUUUAUGUGAUAAGAAUCAGUAUGGUAUGUAUGGCACAAAUUCAGUAGCCUUCGGACGUUUUGAAAAUACUACAAGAUAUUUUACAACUUUUUUUAAUUUGGGUCAUUUUGCAUGAUAAAAUGCCAUAACUGAGUAAUCAUUUUAUAAUGUAAGCGCUUGUAGAAAAAAGUUAAUAAACGAAAUGAGUGUGAAAAUCAAGAUUUAUUUGUUAAGAUUUUUCAAUACAUGACAUGUAGUAGAAUUUAUGUUUGAAUACAUGUGUUUUUUGUUUGUUUGUUUUUGUUUUUGUUUUUUGUUUUUUUUGUUGUCAAAACUUAACAGUAACAAGCUUAAAAGUGAUUUUACACUUAAAGGGAUCGAAAAUACUUUUCCGAGAUUUAUGAACCAUUUGAUGUAGAUUUUAGGUAAUUUGCCUAUGUGCGACCUUUCAAAACAUUAGCCAUUUCUGUGCUCCCUGAAAAAGCAUUUAAAUUGUGAAAAUUGGCCCAUAAGUGAAAAGGUUAUUAACAAAUUAAAUUCAAUUCGAGCAUUGUAAAAUACGGUUUUCGCUUGGAUUAAAGUAUUUUUCUUGUUUUAAAUUAUCUUUUGCACAUCCUUCCGAUUUAAGUGCUACAGAUGUUCCGUUCAAUGUUUCCCUACCUCUAUAAAUCACUUCCAUUUCCUGUUUUCAAAUUUGUUCCUUUCCGGAUAUAAAUAAGGCGGUCUCCUUAAUAUUGUUAUAAGCAGUGUUUAUUGUAAGAAAUUAAAAUCUUAUGUUAUGGGGCUUUUUGAUUUCAGUGUCUUUCAUAUAAAACAUGGCUUUAUAAUAUAUUUUUACUCCUCUACUCUGUUAUGACAGUUUAUAAAGAUAUUGAAAGCUUUUCAAUGUGUUGACUGAUAAUCAGGAAAUUAUGUUUUAGGUCUAAAUCGCACGGUUUCCCUGGAAAUGCAUUUAUAUUUAUUUUUAUGCUGAUUGUUUUGUAAGAAGUAUCUGAUAAUAUUUAAUUUAAAGAUAUAUUCGUGUAUUAUGACAAUGAGUAUAAAAAGGGAGGUACGUCUGCAGAACAAAGAAAAGUAAAAUGCUGUGAAGUUGUUUUCCUUAUGCCUAUAUGAUUUAAACUUCUGUGUAUAAUUAUGUUAAAAAACGUUUUUCGUGAUUUUAAGUUAACCUAUGUUCUUUGUAUACAUAGAGGGACUUGAAUGAUAAUCAAGCCACAUAAUUAUUUUACCUUAAAAUAGUAAACAACUUU